GACAGAAAGAGGGAGAGAGAGAGAGGCAGACAGAGGGAGAGAGAGUGAGAGAAAAGGGGGCUGUUAGAGUGCACGCUGAAACACACCAAUCAGAGAAACAGACAGCAUCAGUCGUGUCUGGGCUCGCGCUGCACUGUUGGUUCUUUACCAAGUGGUGAGAUCAGAUGAUACCGAAAAUAUAUAUAUAUUUUUAAAUAACUGAACCGAAACACCGAACAGGCUACGUCUGAGGUUUGUGUUGCGGGUAAAGUUUGGAUUUUAGACAGCUUGCGCUGAGUGAAGCUCCUCCCGUCUCUCCCUUCACCGUAAACACAGCAGGUGGAUGCCGCCAUGCCAUUUGGGUGCCUUGCCGUGCGAGAUGGGCGGAACUUGGACAACAUCUAUGAUGUCACCGAUAAGUAUGAGAUGGGACAGGUCCUUAAAGCGAAGGAGUUCUGUGAGCUGUGUAUGGCUAAAGACAGACAGACCAACAAGGUGUUUGUCUGUAAGAAGUUUCUGAAGAAGGACGGGAGGAAAGUACGCAAGGCUGCCAAGAAUGAAAUCCAGAUCCUCAAAAUGGUCAACCAUCCAAACAUCCUCCAACUGAUCGACACUUUUGAGACGCGGAAGGAGUUCUUCAUCAUCCAGGAGCUGGCUACAGGCGGUGAUGUGUUUGACUGGAUUCUGGACCAGGGGAAUUAUACAGAGAGAGAUGCCUCCAACGUGAUCAAACAGGUUCUAGAGGCCGUAUCCUAUCUACACUCACUCAACAUCGUACACAGGAACCUCAAGUUGGAGAACCUGAUGUACUACGCAGAGAACAAUCACAACAAAGUGGUUCUGCGGGAUUUCUACCUGUCCAAGUUUGAGAACGGUUCCAUCACAGAACCCUGUGGAACACCGGAGUACCUGGCUCCCGAGGUUGUGGCCAGACACCGGUACGGUCGACCGGUGGACUGUUGGGCAGUAGGGGUCAUCAUGUAUAUACUGUGA